UUUUUAAGACCUUUUAGGCACCGAGGAGGCACACUUCCGACCUGGACCCGGGUCACAGGGAAUAUGUAGAAUUUUCAUCGCUGCAGCUAUCAUUUCGUUGGAUUAUCCCUGCCAAGUUCAUUUGGAGCUGGAGUUCUAUAUCUGUGCAGGCAGCUGCUGCCAGUUUGAACCUUUUGGCAAAUCAGAGAAUGUUUUACACUUUGCAAGAUGGAUGUGCUGUUGUAGUUAGAACAUCUAUCACCCUCCCUCCAUUUAUCAGGACGUGGCAAAGCAGGCAGGUGUCAGUGGAUGAGGUGGGCUGUUCUCCAGAACCCAUCAUGGACAUCAACUGUCAGCCAUUCCCCCAUCGCAAAACCUCCUGUCCUCCUGGAUCCUGCUCCAUAACGCCCCUCUGUGUCUGAGCCGUGAUACCUGGGACUCGCAGGCUGUCGCCACCAUGACGCAGAUGGACUACAAAUACAGCCUGCUGGGCUCCACAGUGGACGAGUACCGCAAGAGGCCUUUGCUCCUGCAGGUGGACGAUACGCCCAUGAACCUGUUUGCGGUCCUCGAGGUGAAACCGGAGCUACCGAGGCGCUGGAGCACGCUGGGCUGCUUCCGUAAGAUCCGGCUCUACAGCUUCCUGUUCGGCCUGGCCGUCAUGUUCCUCAUCAUGGCUUCGUACAUUCUGACAGGCGACAAGAAGGGUCUCCUCCUCACCCCUUCCCCUUACCACUUCAGCAGCCUGGUCAGCCCGGGACCUUUUGCCUUCAACCUCUCCUCAGUCAAGGACUACACACAUAUCAAGCUGGUGGUAAAGUCCAUCACAUCCAAGGUGGAGUUUCGAAGCAGUCGGCAGCUCCCGGAGUUCAAAGCACUGGUUAACAGUGAAACACAUAUGUUUUCUGCUAUCCCACGCAAAUUCCUGCCUGGUGUCAAGAAUCCAUGCUGGUAUGAGGAAUACACUGGGAAUAUCACCUCGGACCCUUACAGGACAAACUUGUACGCGCGCUAUUCCAGGCGCUUCCGGACAGUGUUUCAGCACUUGAGGAACACUUUCCGAGAACACUUGUACCACCGCGAUGGGAAACUCUACCGCAUGCGGUGCCUUCCAUAUUUCUAUAUCAUCGGCCAACCAAAGUGUGGCACGACGGACCUGUAUGACAGACUGAGGCUGCACCCGGAUAUCAAGUUCACCACUUUCAAAGAGCCACACUGGUGGACCCGCAAGAGGUUUGGUAUCAUCCGUCUGAGCGAGGGCUUCCAUGAUCGAUACCCGGUGGAGGACUACCUGGACUUGUUCGAUCAGGCUGCUUACCAAAUCCAGGGGAACCUCACAGGAAAUGCCAAUGGAAGCGCCAGCAAACCUAACAUCAUCAUAGGCGAGGCCAGCGCGUCCACCAUGUGGGAUAACAACGCCUGGGUGUAUUUCUAUGACAACACCACAGAGGGAGAGCCUCCCUUCCUCAUCCAGGACUUCGUCCACGCCCUGCAGCCUGAAGCCCGCUUCAUCGUCAUGCUCAGGGACCCGGUGGAAAGGCUCUACUCAGACUACCUAUACUUCGGUAUCGCCAACAAGUCUGCAGAGGAUUUCCACGAGAAGGUGUCAGAGUCGCUGCAGCUAUUCGAAGGAUGCCUUACGGAGUACUCAAUGCGCUCCUGUGUGUACAACACUACUGUCAACAACGCCAUGCCAGUCAGGUUGCAAGUUGGCCUGUACAUUGUGUACUUAAUGGACUGGCUGACCGUCUUCAGCAAGGAACAGAUUCUGGUCCUGAGGUUGGAAGACCAUGCUUCUAACAGGAAAUACACAAUGCACAAAGUCUUUGACUUCCUUAACCUUGGGCCUCUGACAAAAGAAAAGGAGUCAGAGAUCACAAGAAGUCCAGCAUCGAACACCAGGAGGCCGGCUGACAAAAACCUGGGACCCAUGCUGCCCAUCACUAAAGAAAUCCUGCGGGAUUUCUACAUGCCAUUCAAUGAAAAGCUGGCCAAAGUGCUGAGGAAUGACUCUUUCUUCUGGGAGAGCAACUCCAAACUCUGAACAACCCCAUCUACCCUUUAACUUCAGUUUAAAAAAAUAAAAACCACUGAUGUGUCAGCCAGCCCCCUUCAUUUGAGCUUCAUCUCUCUCAAGUGCCCAUGGAAAUCAAUGUUUUUUUUAUAUAAAUUAUUUUCUAAGUUAUAAAAGCAGAGAUGAAUCAAAGAUAGAAAAUAGCACAAGAGAGUGUGGUGAUUUUGCGUGAGUGAGAGAGAGAGAGAGAGAAUGAAUAAAAGAGAGAAAGAGAUGUUGCCAGGUCUUGAUUGUUUUUGUUUUUUGUGACCAGAUGUACAAAAUUAAAUAGUGAA